CAUCUGCUCCGACAAGCUCGCCAUGUCCAGCAAAAAGGAUGGCGGCGCCUACGGCGCGGCCUCCAGCGACACCAGCUUCCGCAAAACCUGGGACCGCGCCGAAUACGCGCAGCGCGCAGCCGACCACGAUGCGAAGACCAAAGAGGAAGGCAAAGCACGAUACGAAGCCGCGCUCGCGGGUAAGAAGUACGUGCGGCGAGCAUCGACGCCACCGGACGCGCGAGAGACGGAGGCGCGCAAGUCGCGGCUCGACGUGGGCAGCAUGGUGGGCAAGACGCAGCUGGUGCCAGCGGGGUCAGCGGUGGGCAAGCGCGGCCGCGGCGCGGGCUUCUACUGCGAGAACUGCGACCUCACGUUCAAGGACAACCUGCAGUACGUCGAGCACUUGAACAGUAAACAGCAUCUUGUGAAUACGGGCCAGACGGGCGAGGUGAGGCGGGCCACGGUCGAGGAGGUGCGGGAUCGUUUGGCGUGGUUGAAGAGGAAGAGGGACGAGGAGAAGAGGGAUGAGGUUGUCGAUUUGGGACAGAGGCUGGAGGUAGCCAAGGAGAAAGAGGAUAGGGAACGUGAGGAGAAGAGGCGCAAGAGGAAUGAGAAGAGGAGAAAGACCAAGGAUGGCAUGGGCGUCCCGCAAGUGGAGGUCGAGAACGAUGGCAUCAUUUGCUGAAAGGGGAUUGAACGGUCAUACAAAUACGGCGUUGCGGUAAGGGAUUGCAUCGAAAUGGCGUUA